AUGUCGAAGUCCCUCGCUGCCCUCGGGUGGCUCCUCCUCUCUUGCUUCACAGCGAUCAAUCUCUUCACUGCGGCAGCGCUCUACCGAGCAUCGAAUGCCUCUCGAAGGCCGAAGCCGGCGCCUCGGGAGUACUCCUACGUGGGGUGCGACUACCCCCCGCAGCUUCCCCUCGACAUCAGUCCCGCAGCGUUGGUCGUGAACACCACGCACCGCUACGGGCUCACCGCGGACGACGACUGGGGCACGAUCUUCCCCAACGGGAACGGGUGGGUGCGCCUAGGACCGGACGGGCGCGCGUUCGCGGUGUCCAUGUACCACCAGCUGCACUGCCUGGACGCCAUCCGAGUCGCGAUGGUGCGUCCUCCUCCCGGAAACACGCUGAUCCCCAACCGCAGCUGA